GCCAGAGAGCUCCCCUGUGUGUGCUUUGCAUGACUGGUGUGAAAAUCUGUGUGUGUCUGAAGAGACACCAAGGAUUAGUGAGUACUGAUAUAUGUCCAGGCCAAUUACUGUGUCCCUCCGUGAAUGCAUGUUGUUACAGGUGUUUUUCUAGUUACAGGUGUACAUCCACCUGUGCGCACACAGCAUGGGCCCUGCUUAUAAUUGGCAUCUUACAGUGAAUUUUGAGGGAAGAGAAAAAAAAUCCUUUCAACAGUAGAGAGUGCCAGUGAACGUAGACAAGUGUUAAAACUCUCUGGAGAAUCAAACAUGCCCAGACACUAGUUUCUCUGACCUCAGGUUGAGGGUAGAUUAGUGGCUGUGCAGCUCCUUGCCCUAGUGACCAGACUGAUCUCACUGGUCUCCGAUGUACAGAUCAAAUUAUACAAUGCACCUUUUUGGUAAAGAUGCUGCCAGGAUUGGAGCUCUUUCUAAAAGAACCCUACACACAACCAUGCCCAGCUGGGUUAGAAUGUACAAGUGAGGGUGCUUCCUUUCUGUGCUGGGCUCGUCUCCUCAAUUUUGUGCAGUGCUUAAAUCCCACAUCUGAAUUUCCAGACUUCUGCCCCUGCGUGGCAUGCAAUAAGGGGUGCUGUGCACACUGCCCACCUUAUUAAUACAGUAAAUGGACCUAUGAGGCUGGGUUAGGACUGCCCCAUUAUUUGACUCUUAUCAACCUAUGGGGCCCUGAUGCUCAUGACAUGGUUGCCAGGAAGUGAUGCCCAUCCCUGAGGUAGGAAAGAAACCCACUAGAUUCUGGGUGACGGUAGUAGCAUUUGGGAAAGUUCAGAGGGAAGGGUGAGCUCCUGAUCACUCCACCCCGAUGUUUGCUCUCAGCUAGAAGAGAAGAUGCAAGCACUGGACCUCCCCAAUGAGGAGGGUGCCUGAGCCUGAAACCAGAGAUUGGUGGGAGGGGUAGGCCGCAGCUCUGUGGGAUGAAUCACAUAAGGAGGGCACAGGCCUCUUUCAUCCCAUGGGCAUGCAGGAGGAUCGCAUUAACCUGUUGUGUUCUUUCACCCCUCUCCCUAACUCGGAUGGAUGACAGAACAUCUUGGAGCAGUUUAACCCUGCCCUGGAGAACCUGGUCUACCUGGGCAACAACUACUUACGCACUUUCCACGCACUCUCUAAGGCGGCUGAAGUCUAUUUUAAGGCAAUACAGAAGAUUGGGGAGCAAGCCCUGCAGAGCUCCACCUCGCAAAUGCUGGGCCAAAUUUUGAUACAGAUGUCUGACACCCACAGGCAUAUGAACUCUGACCUGGAAGUAGUGGCUCAGACGUUCCACAAAGACCUGCUGCAGCAUAUAGAGAAAAACACCAAGCUGGACAUGCAGUUUAUCAAGGACAGCCAUCAGCAGUACGAACUGGAGUAUCAGCACAGGGCUGCCAACCUGGAGAAGUGCAUGUCGGAGCUGUGGAGGAUGGAGAGGACUCGAGACAAAAACACCUGGGAAAUGAAGGAGAAUGUGAGGCGCUUGCAGUCAGAGAUGCAGGCAUUUGUCUCUGAGAGCCAGCGGGCUGCCGCGCUGGAGGAGAAGCGCCGCUACCGCUUCCUGGCUGAAAAGCACCAGCUGCUCUCCAGCACCUUCCUCCAGGUGUACAGCAGGGCCUGGGGCAUCAUCCAGAGCAAGGUGCCAAAGUGGAAGGAGCAGUUGGAGGCCAGCCGCAAUCCAAGCAGCAGACACUCCCCGAGCCUGCUCAGUGCCUCCCAUGGCCAGGGGUACACGUCAGGCCGCCUGACUCCCAGCUGCCUCGACAUGCCUCAGAGGCCUCUGGGAGAUUUUGGCUCAGCCAUGACUGGACGUAGUUCAAGCCCCUUCCCCCAGGAGCCUGCAGAACUUCUUAGACCCUCUCCUCAGCCAGAGCCAACCAGGAGAGGUCUGCAGAAGACUUCAUCUGCUGGCUCACUCUCCGCCAGCCAGCGCUCGCGCUCCAGCUCCUUCGGUGAGCGGGCAGGAGGAGGCAGCAACGUGUUUAGAGUCCAGACAAUUGUGCCCCACUCUGCUGGCACCAACCGCACCUUGCUGGGGUUCAACCUCGGGGACAUCAUCAUGGUGCUGAUCCCAGAGGCGCAGAACGGCUGGCUGUACGGCAAGCUAGAGGGAUCAUCCACGAGCGGCUGGUUCCCCAAAGCUUUCGUAAAGCCCCUGGAGGGAGUAAGAGACCCGGAGGAACCGCCCAGCAGGUCCUUCCCGCUGCGGAGCAGUCACAGCAUGGAUGGCCUGGAUUGCCCCAGUGUCCCAUCAGCAGGGAAUUACCGACACGACGCUGCCCCGCCCCAGUCACCAACCCCUUCUCCAGCCUCACGUGGUGCUGGCAGCCGCCGGAGCAGCUUGGUUAGCACUGCUGCUCCUUCGGAUUCCAAGAAGUCAGCUAUGCAGGAGCAGCCCCCAGAGCUCUUCCCCCGCGGCACCAAUCCAUUUGCCACAGUAAAGCUGCGCCCCACCGUCACCAACGACCGGUCUGCACCCAUCAUCCAGUGAAAGGAGGCGGUGGAGAGCAGCAGAUUCUGGGGGGUUGACAGAAGCAGAAGUGCUAGAAACACACAGUCCUUUCCCGUUCCUGGGCCACCGUGACCUCGGGUUGGCGCUAACCUAGUGCAGUUUCUCAGGGCAUGACCCCAGCGGUGGAGCGUCUCUGUCUUGCCCCCUGUGUCCUGCGCUCUCCAGCAGUAAAUAGAUUCCCUGGUUUUCUUUGGCGCUCUCUUUGGAGUGAUGUGUGUGAUGCUGGUCAUGCUGAGUGGAAGGCGUCCCCGGGAUACCGGUGCUGGUAGCAUGGGCAGGGGGUUGCUUAUACCUAAGCACUGGGAACUGGAGGAGGGCACGUCUCUCAUUGGUCUGUGCACCUGCGUUGCAAGGGGUGCUAUUGGCAGGGGAAAAGGAGAACCCUACCCAGCCCCUACUCUCUUUGUUGUAAAGCACUGACGGUUAUUUGGCCACUGAGCAGAUUCCUGACCUACGUUUGGGGUUAGGUCCCUGCUCGAUGGAUCAGCGGAUAACUGCAUGGCAGGGGUCUUCUCCUCUCGGCCCCUCGCCCCAGGGCCUUGGGCAACUGGCCACUGCGUUUCCAAGAGCUUUGUGGGGAGGCUGCCUGCCCGUUCGCAGUGCCCUCUCCUCCACCCUCUUGCUUGGUAGCCCCAGGGUUGGAUUAAGAUGGGAGGGGAAACCCAGCUGCACAGCCUUGUUUGAUUCUGUACAUAAUAACAAUAAUAUAUUUUUUAAAUAAAAUGGAAAACACAA